CACAUCCUUUGAUCCAUUCCUAACUUUAUUCACCUUUUCCACCCUUUCUCAACGCUUCUCAAUCGUUUCUAUUGAAUGGUCAAUCCCAAUUCACUUUCCGCUCCGCUCCCCUCAACCCCCACGACCGCCCUACAGCACGGCUCUGGCGUCACUCACUCCAUUGCUGCGGAGGAGGGCUGUGAUGACCCCCCACCUAUAUUUUCGCCUCCUGUCGGUAACGCGGCAGGAGGCGUCCCUUCUCACCAUCCGGACACAAGUCCAACAAACAAUGGUCAGGGCGAUGUCUCGGAUUCUUGCCCCUACUUAACUACCCGCGGCGAACCUAGCCACCCCCAAACCACUACUACCGAGAACUUUCAGGGCAGUCGGGUCUACGAUUACGGCUCACCACCAAUCAGUUCCGGCGGGAUUCCCUCGCCACCCAUGGUAACUCAAAGUCCUGUUUAUUCUAACACAAGAAGCGGGCAGAGCUCUACAACAGCUGUUGAUACACUCGCCGGGGAUGAAACCCCUCCGGCCGAUAAGGCAGCUCCACAUGCAGCCACUCCAUGCGCUCUUGCUUCGCUCUACAGCGUUGACAUGAGCUCUGGAUUGACCGCAAAGGAGGCAGCGGAGAGAUUGUCCCGAGAUGGGCCAAACAAGCUUACUGAUACCGGGGGUAUUACCUGGUGGAGUGUGCUUGUAAGGCAGGUUUCAAACAGCUUGACAUUGGUUCUUGUGAUUGCCAUGGCAGCUUCUUACGGGAUGCUUGACUUUAUCGAGGGAUCCGUCAUCUCGGCUGUCAUUCUUUUAAACAUUGUCAUUGGGUUCGCUCAGGAUUAUCGUGCUGAGAAAACCAUGCAAUCCCUCCAUUCCCUCUCAGCUCCCAUCGCAACAGUCGUCCGCAACAAUGGACGCAUCGAAAAGGUUAAAGCCGAAGAAAUUGUUGCUGGUGAUAUAGUCCGUGUAUCCGUUGGUGAUGUCGUCCCGGCAGAUCUCAGACUUUUCGAAGGAAUGAACUUUGAAACAAAUGAAGCUCUUCUUACGGGUGAGAGUUUACCAAUUGCCAAGACCCCACUCUUGACCCUCCCCCACGCCGAUUACCCAUUGGGGGACCGUACCAAUAUGGCCUACUCCUCCUCCACUGUCACUAAGGGACGCGCCGUUGGAAUUGUUGUGGCAACCGGAAUGAACUCGGAAGUUGGAAGAAUUGCCGAGUUGCUCCGUGGAAAUAAACGAGAUGAGGGCGAAUCAUUCAUUACAAGAACCUGGGGUAGGGCUAAGAUGACCAUGAAAAAUGUCCUUGGUCUUGUUGGAACCCCAUUACAGGUUAAGUUGAGUAAAUUUGCCCUACUCUUAUUCGGCCUUGCUGUCUUGUUGGCUAUAAUUGUCUUUUCUGCAAAUAAGUGGAAAAUCAAUGAUGAAGUCCUGAUCUACGGUAUUUGUGUAGCUGUGGCCGUCAUUCCUGAAUCUCUUAUCGCGGUCCUCACAAUCACCAUGGCUGUCGGUACUAAAACUAUGGCCAAAGGCCAUGUGAUUGUCCGAAAGAUGCAGGCCUUGGAAGCUGUCGGUGGUGUCACAAACAUCUGCUCGGAUAAGACCGGUACACUCACGCAAGGCAAGAUGAUUGCUCAUACGGUUGUUGAUGGGGAUAUGCCUUCUCUCAUUGAUAGUGGAAACUGGGAUCUCUUGGCUGAACAUCCUUUCGACUCUACCGUUAAACGCAUGACAGUUAUCUAUAAGAAUAUACACACCAACACCGUCGAGGCAUUUAUGAAGGGAGCCGGGGAAGUCGUUAUUCCAAAUCUCAACAUCCCAGGGGAGGAGAAAGAAGAAAUCUUGAACAGAAUUGAACGCCUUGCUGGGGAGGGACUUCGUGUCCUUUGCGUGGCGCAGAAGACUCUUCCCUCUAGUGCAACGUGCGAUACCGGCAACCGUGCCGCCGUGGAAUCACAGAUGAACUUCCUUGGGUUGGUUGGCCUCUACGACCCGCCGAGAUUGGAAACUUUCGAGGCCGUCCGCAAGUGUAAGGUUGCAGGUGUCAAAGUCCACAUGUUAACCGGAGAUCAUAUUCGAACAGCGGCGGCGAUCGCCCAUGAGGUCGGAAUCAUUUCUCCUGCUAUGCCUGCCGCCCAGGCCGCUACCAUGGUUAUGACUGCUGGCCAAUUUGAUGCCCUUAGCGAAGACGAGAUUGAUAAGCUAGAGGCUUUGCCUUUGGUAAUCGCUCGUUGCUCCCCAACCACCAAAGUCAGAAUGGUUGAAGCUUUGCAUAGGCGCGGUGCCUUCUGUGUUAUGACUGGUGAUGGUGUCAAUGAUUCUCCUGCGCUCAAGCGGGCUGAUGUCGGAAUUGCAAUGGGUCUCAGUGGCAGCGAUGUCGCCAAAGACGCUAGUGAUCUCGUUUUAACUGAUGAUAACUUUGCCAGUAUCGUUCGCGCAGUUGAGGAAGGCAGAAGGUUGUUUGAUAACAUCCAAAAGUUUAUCAUGCAUCUUCUCAUUUCGAAUAUCUCGCAAGUUGUCUUACUGUUGAUUGGUCUCGCUUUCGCGGACAGAAACGGUGUUUCCGUAUUUCCUCUCAGUCCUUUGGAGAUUUUGUGGGUCAACAUGAUCACCAGCUCCUUCUUGGCAUUAGGACUUGGGCUUGAGGAAGCUCAGCCCGAUAUCAUGCUACGACCCCCUCAUGAUCUGAGGCAGGGUGUUUUCACCUGGGAGGUUAUCAUCGAUAAGAUGAUUUAUGGUAUCACCAUGGGAACCCUCUGCCUUAUAAGUUUUAUUAUUGUCGCUUACGGGCACGGCGACGGUGAUCUCGGUUACGACUGUAACCAUGCCUACAACAGCUCUUGCGGCAACGUCUUCCGUGCGCGCGCUACCGUAUUUGCUGUAUUGUCCUUCCUCUUACUCCUUACAGCUUGGGAAGUCAAGCAUUUUUCCCGCUCCUUGUUCAACCUCGACCCUGCCCGCCAUAAAGGACCUCUCAGCAUUUUCCACACUCUCUGGUAUAACCAGUUCUUGUUUUGGGCUGUCUUUGCCGGCUUCACCAUCACCUUCCCUGUCAUCUAUAUUCCAACUUUCAACACUGCCGUCUUCAAGCACAUGGCCAUCACUUGGGAAUGGGGUGUUGUUCUUGGCUGCUCAGUUGCUUAUUUGUUGGUUGUGGAGAGUUGGAAGGGGAUCAAGAGGUGGAGGGGUAUAGGUAGUGGCGUAUUUGCCGGCAGGACGGAGGUACGGCUCGAGAAUGGAUUGGAGGCUGUGUCCGGGGUUACAAGCGGGAGGACAAGUCGCAGUGGAACGAUUGUCGAAGCGGAAGAGAGAAAAGGUUAGGAUUGAUGAAUCCACGGAUGCUGUGGAAAAAUCUUUACACGUUAGGUUUGUGAUGUGGUAUGAGUGAUGCUGGAGUGCUGGAAUGCUGGAUGACGAGAGGUGAUGCCUUUUCAUUUUUUUAUACCUUAGCUAGCUCAUAUUUUUCCUUGGUUUUGUAGCUACUUUUGCUUUCAAAAAUAAAGUACGUAUACAUA